AUCACCGCUUACUCCCUCGUUAGUUACGAGCAUCAUCAGUCACCAUGCGUCCAAUCAAAUUCGUUUUGUUGGUUUUGUUGAUUCUCUCUGUUCACUCUCAUUCUUUGUCACUACAACAUCCUGUUAUCAACGGUUUGCUUAACCGUUUGGAUUCCCUGCGACCAACUUCGCAUGUACAAGAAUCAGCAGCAAAGGGUUUAUUACAUAGACUGAUUCCAACCCAUUCUCACAGCUUUGAGUUCACAAUUAUCUCAAAGGAUGUUUGUGGUGGCAGUAGCUGUUUUAUAAUUGAAAACUAUGAUGGCCAUGGAGGAAAUGGACCUGAAAUUGUGAUUAAAGGCACAACUGGAGUUGAGAUAGCUUCUGGUCUCCAUUGGUAUUUAAAGUAUAAAUGUAACGCUCAUGUUUCUUGGGACAAGACUGGUGGCAUCCAGAUUGCAUCUGUUCCGAACCCUGGACAUCUACCUCGUUUAGAUUCUAAACGCAUCUUGAUUCGCCGUCCUGUCCCUUGGAACUAUUACCAAAAUGUUGUUACAUCUAGCUAUUCAUAUGUGUGGUGGGGAUGGGAGAGAUGGGAGAGAGAGAUUGACUGGAUGGCAUUGCAAGGUAUUAACUUGCCUCUAGCAUUCACUGGCCAAGAAGCUAUUUGGCAAAAGGUUUUCAAGAGGUUUAAUAUCAGCAAAGAAGAUCUGGAUGAUUAUUUUGGGGGACCAGCAUUUCUCGCUUGGGCUCGCAUGGGAAAUCUUCAUGCGUGGGGUGGUCCAUUGUCGAAAAACUGGCUAGGUGAUCAGUUGCUUUUGCAGAAACGGAUACUUUCUCGGAUGCUAGAGCUUGGCAUGACUCCAGUACUUCCAUCAUUCUCAGGAAAUGUUCCAUCAGCUUUGAGAAAGAUAUAUCCUGGGGCAAAUAUAACUCGGCUUGAUGACUGGAACACUGUGGAUGGUGAUUCUCGCUGGUGCUGCACUUACCUUCUGAAUCCUUCUGAUCCUCUCUUCAUUGACAUUGGGGAGGCUUUUAUUAAACAACAAAUUGAAGAAUAUGGAGAGAUUACAAACAUCUAUAACUGUGAUACAUUCAAUGAGAAUACUCCUCCCACAAGUGAACCUGAAUAUAUAUCUUCACUAGGAGCCGCAGUGUACAAAGCUAUGUCCAAAGGAAACAAGAAUGCUGUCUGGUUAAUGCAAGGUUGGCUUUUCAGUUCAGACUCAAAAUUCUGGAAGCCACCACAGAUGAAAGCGCUCUUACUCUCUGUUCCCUUUGGCAAAAUGAUAGUUCUUGAUCUAUUUGCUGAUGUCAAACCGAUAUGGAACACGUCCGCACAAUUUUAUGGAACUCCUUAUAUCUGGUGCAUGCUUCACAACUUCGGAGGCAACAUUGAAAUGUAUGGCACCCUUGAUUCAAUUUCUUCAGGACCUGUUGAUGCUCGUGUCAGCAAAAACUCAACCAUGGUUGGUGUAGGAAUGUGUAUGGAAGGAAUAGAGCACAACCCAGUGGUUUACGAACUAAUGUCUGAAAUGGCGUUUAGAGAUGAGAAAGUUAAUGUACAGAAAUGGCUGAAGAGCUAUGCACGCAGAAGAUACAUGAAACAAAAUCAUCAAAUCGAUGCCGCUUGGGAGAUUCUUUACCACACUGUCUACAAUUGCACUGAUGGAAUUAAGGAUCAUAACACAGACUUCAUAGUCAAGCUUCCUGACUGGGAUCCAUCUACGUCUUCUCUCCAUGUCGAAUCAAAACAAACAGAUUCAUACAUGAUCUCCACAGAGCCAUAUGAAACAAAACGAAGAUUCUUGUUCCAAGAUAAUACCUCUGGUUUGCCUAAGGCGCAUUUAUGGUAUUCCACAGAGGAAGUGAUCAAAGCUCUCAGACUUUUCCUGGAAGCUGGAGAUGAUCUGCUUGGGAGCUUAACAUAUAGGUACGACAUGGUUGAUUUGACGCGUCAAGUUUUAUCUAAGCUAGCAAACAAGGUCUACAUGGAAGCAGUGACUGCUUUUGUAAAGAAAGAUAUCGAAAGUUUAAGACGAUUGAGUAAGAAAUUUCUUGAGCUUAUUAAGGAUAUCGACGUGUUGCUAGCUUCAGAUGAUAAUUUUCUGCUGGGGACUUGGCUUGAGAGUGCAAAGAAGUUGGCCAGAAACGGUGGUGAAAGGAAACAGUAUGAGUGGAAUGCUAGAACGCAAGUGACCAUGUGGUAUGACUCCAAAGGUGUGAACCAAAGCAAGCUUCAUGAUUAUGCAAACAAAUUCUGGAGUGGGUUACUUGAAGACUACUACUUACCAAGAGCAACAUUGUAUUUUAGUGGACUGAUGAAAAGCUUAGAAGAUAAGAAGAAAUUUGAGAUAGAGAAAUGGAGAAGAGAAUGGAUAAUGAUGUCACAUAAAUGGCAGCAAAGUUCAUCAGAGGUUUAUCCGGUUAAGGCAAAAGGAGACGCCUUAUCUAUUUCAAGGCAUCUGUUACGUAAGUACUUCACAUGAGUACAUCUGCCUGAGAUUAGUGUAGAUUUGAGGAUUAAGGUUCUGGUCUGUAAGUAUUAGAGACUCUGUGAAGGCGAGUAAAGGUUGAAACAACAAACUCUACAUCACUCUCUUCCAAUAAAGACUUGUCUCCUUACCUGCAAGGUAUCCUCCAUGUACAUAUCCACUGAACUUUUCACUUGUGUGUUCUCCUGUAAACAAUAUCCGUUCAAGUGGAGCCUGAAUCACAAACUAAAGACUGUCAUAGACUCCUGAUAUGUGUGUAUGCACUAGAUGGAAUCUCUAUCCUUGUAACUAUAAGUGUGUAUCUUAUCAGGCCUGCUCUAAAAUAUCUAAGGCCACUAUUUA